AUGUUCGGCCGCAUCCACACGUGCGUGGAGCGCUGCUCCCGCCGCGCCUACGCCUGCAAGUCCAUCAGCAAGAAGAAGCUGCAGUGCGUGGAAGACGCGGCUGAUGUGCGGCAGGAGGUGGUGAUGCUGCACAUGCUCAAGGGCCACCCGCACAUCAUUGGGCUCAAGGAGGUCCUGGAGGAUCCCAAGUCCAUCCAUCUCAUCAUGGAUCUCUGUUCGGGCGGCGAUCUAUUCGACGCAGUGAAGGCCAGGAAGCACCUGCCCGAGCCCUUGUCAGCGCGGCUGCUGCAGCAGCUGGUGGGGGCGCUGCAGCACUGCCACGCCACGGGCAUCGUCCACCGCGACGUCAAGCCUGAAAACAUCCUCCUCGUCUCCUCCUCCUCCGCUGCCGCGCGCCGAACGGCCAGCAUGGGGAGCGGAGCCAUGUGUGCGAUGAGCACAGCUGGUGGAGGCGAGGGGAGCCAUGGCGAUCAGCUGGGUGAUGGUGACGGGGAUGUGGGCGAUCAGCUGGGGUCAGUGCGGAAAGGAGCCACAGUGGGGUGCAGCACGGUAGGGGGCAGCACAGUGGGGAGCACGGGCAGCACAGCGUCGUUUCUUGACAGGGGGGAGUGCGAUCUGCACAUCAAGCUCAUUGACUUUGGAGUGGCUGCCUUCCUUGACCAUGACGGCAUGUGCAGGCACACAGCGGGCACGACAGAGUACAUGGCACCAGAGGUGCUAUCAGGGGGGCGCUACUCCCCGCUGGUGGACGUGUGGAGCGCGGGGGUGGUACUCUUCGUCAUGCUCUCGGGCGUGCUCCCCUUCUGGCCGUCACAACGCGAGGGGCGCUCCACAGAAGAUGCCGUGCUGCGCCAGCCGCUGCGCUUUGGCCACUUCCGCUGGGCGGCGGUGUCCGGGGCGGCAAGGGACCUGGUGGCGCGGAUGCUGACGAGGGACCCUGAGAAACGAAUUUCCACGCUGCAAGUGCUCGAACAUCCCUGGAUUCGCCAGCACUGCUGCAAGUGA